GCUCAGAGCUAUCUUGCGAUCGACUGGAGCGAACGAACCUAUGGACCUGAUGGACCAUGGAAUGCUCUGUCCGUCCAUGUUGGUGGGAUUAAAAACUCAACACCCAUCGCGACUCAGCAAGUACAGAUUGACCUCUAUCCCGGAAGUUCCUCGGAGACGUACCUACCCUACAACGUGACGUGUGAUACGACUAAGACUCUCUGCAACUCGGGCAGAACAUGGUCACCGAUCUAUGACCCAGGCACGGAUCCUAUGACCGGGAAAGGCUUCGAGUUCGACGACAAGACCUCGAGCACAUACUUCAAGGGACCGACGGUCGGCCAGGCAAUCACACUUGGUGGUCAGACAGUAUAUCAAGCCAAUCUCGUCAGCUUUGAGAUAGGAGCAACACCAUUAGGCCAGAAUAUAGUUACGUAUCCCAAUGGCGUGAGAGCUUACCCGCCACUUGGACUCCUCGCUUUGGAUGCUGGAACGAUGGACAAAGCGUAUCAAACUUCUGUUGUACGCCGUACGACCAGUCCCUCGGCAGACUCUUCUAGUGUUUGGAUACCAGCGGGCUAUCUUUACAACCAAGGGGUCAUACCCUCUUACUCUUGGGGUCUACACAUGGGAUCCGCUGCUCUUGACUAUCCUGGAUCACUUGUUCUUGGUGGCUAUGACAAAAGAAGAUUGAUAGGUCCGUACACUACUUUUGGCAGUCAAUACCCGACAUUACUCGAUAUUGGAAUUGGGGUUGAGACCGGAGGGACUCCUUUCACUUUCCAGAAUAAGACUGGUCUAUUGUCGUCCGACAACGAGGAUUCGAGAAUCAACGUGGCGAUCGUACCGCAUUCGCCUUCACUUUAUUUGCCGCCCCAUGCCUGCGAAGCUAUAACCAAGGAGCUACCAGUUUACUUCGACCAAGUAACCAAGUACUAUCUCUGGAACACCUCCGAUGCUCUUUACCAAGAAGUCGUCAGCUCGCCGUCAUAUCUGAGCUUUGUCUUCCCACCAGCUUCUGGGGACUUGGACAAUGUCAACAUCAAGAUACCCUUUGCGUUGCUCAAUCUCACACUCACCUCUCCGAUUGUCUCUUCUCCGGUCCAAUAUUUUCCCUGCCAACCAGUUGAACCCAAUGGUACUAAUGGCCUCAGAUAUGCUCUUGGUCGUGCCUUCUUGCAAGGCGCUUUUGUCGGCUGGAACACCAAUGCGGAACUCGGCUGGCUGGCUCAAGCCCCUGGUCCAGGUGACUCAAACGUGGGACUGGGAUCUGAGGGGAAGAACAUUGCAAACAAAGCCACCAAACUUGACGUUUACGAUGGUACAGUGACGAACUACUUUGCCCAGUCUUGGUCGAAGCAUUGGACGCCUCUCCCAUUGACCUCUAAGGCACCAACUUCCACAGCUUCCCCAACGAUUGCUCCAACUCAAACUGCAACACACGAAGCAUCGAGUACGUCCACAGCUACCAUAGCUGGUGUCUCCGUUGGCAGCAGCAUCGGGCUGGUUGCACUCAUUACCGGUAUAGUUCUAUGUAUAAUGAGGAAACGAAGA